CCCACUCAAUCUUCCAUACAUGGGUUUAUUUAAUGGCAUACUCAAAACGGGUCCUCCAUGCAUGUUCUCGUAUGCUCGAGGUGACCAAGUUUUGAGCCUCUAUGUGUUGGCCUCUAAAGAUGUCAUUUGUCCCGUAUCAAGUUUCCUGUCCAGUUCCAAUCCCCUGACACCGGAGGUUGUCCCACCCUCUUUUGGAUCAGAUAAAUCAAAGGAGCCUAGUGGUGACAAGGUCCCAGCACUUGUAUUUUCAUCGUCAUCCCCUCUCUCAGUGUUAAGGCCAGAAAGCUCAAGCAGCUUAUCCAACCCUGCUUUAGGCCUUGCUGGUGCUUCAUCGAAACUUUUUGAGUUGGAGAGCUCACAGAAGGAUGGGAAGAGCAAUGGGAAAUUAGAACCUUUAUCAUCUGGUUUCUCACCUUCAACUUUAUUUGCUGCUCUAUCAAGCACUUCUAGCUUCAGUAAUGGACAGUUGGCAUCUAGUACGGCUAUCUCAUCCAUCUCUUUCUUGACAUCAAGUAAUUCCCCUAGGGAUGUUCCAUCUGGCAGUUCAAGUGUGGUUGCCUCUUCCACAAGCAUUUUAGCUGCUGUUGGCAGCACAACAGGCAACUCUAUUACCUCAAGUGGUGGUCUGUCAGGUUUUUCUGCAGUAUCUUCAGUAUCAACUGAACCUCUUAUCAGUUCAGGGCCCUCUUAUGUUCCACCAAUUGUGUCAACAUUAUCAACAACUUCCAGUGCAGACAAUGCCGACCUGAAAACCAAAGCAACUAUUUUGGCAACUUCAAUAGCAGUUCACCUUUUGUGAGCUCAUCAUUUGCAUCUACAAGUCCUGGGAAUAGUAAUUUUGGUUUUUCAACAGUUGCUACAACUAGCAUCCAGUCGCAGAGUUCUCUUUUCAUCACUGGAGCUCAGUCACUUGUUAGUGUUCAAACUUGUCUCGCUGGAUCAGACAAUACCACAGUCUCACAGACCGUUCCUGCUCAUUUUGGAUAUUCUACCAAAUUACCAGAAGUGGGAAACUCUGGAAUGACAUCGUUCUCCUCAGUUGGUUCUUCUUCAAGUAAUACUGGCUUAGUUUCUGCUGCUGCUUCAGCUAGCAACCCCGUUGGCGCCAACGCUGAUACUUUUGGAAACUUUAGUUUUGGGACAAGUUCUUCAGCCUCAUCCACGAUGGUCAAUUCAGUUGGCCCUGGCAGUGGGACAACUCAGCCAGCGUUUGCUUUUGGUGCUAGUCCUGCAGUUUCUGCAGCCACCUCUGCACUUGCCACUUCCAACAAUGUUACUUCUUCUAUGUUUUAGUUUUGAUGUUAAUUCUUCAUCUUCCUCUGCAAAGCAAUCGACACCUCUACCCACCCUAGUCCUAGCACAUAUAAUUUUGGUGGUAGUUCUUCAGCUUCCUCAUUGGACAAUGUCAGCACGUCUAAGAGUGCUACCCCCGGCAUGUUCAGUUUCGGUGGUGGUUCUUCAGCUUAUUCAACAAAUACUAUCAGCACCUCCAUUAAUGCUACUCUUGGCAUAUUUAGUUUUGGUGGUAGUUCUUCGGCUUCCUCAACAAAUACUGUCAGCACCUCCACUAGUGCUACCCCCGGCAUGUUCAGUUUUGGUGGUAGUUCUUCCGUUUCCUCAACAAAUACUGUUAGCACCUCCACUAGUGCUACCCCUGGCAUGUUCAGUUUUGGUGCUAGCUCUUCUGUUUCGUCAACAGAUACUGUCAGCACCUCCACUAGAGCUACACCCAGCAUAUUUAGUUUCGGUGCUAGCUCUUCAGUUUCAUCAGCAAAUGCUGUCAAUGCCAGCAGCACAGUCCGUUCUAAUCCAUUUGCUUUUGGUGCCAGUUCUGCCUCACCACAAGCUUCCAGUACUGCUGGAAUUUUCAGUUCCAAUUGGCAGGCCCCAAAGUCUCCAGGCUUUGGUUCCCCAUUUAGUUCUGCUACCCCUAUUGUGUUUGGAUUUGGAGCAUCUUCGUCUUCUUUUGCUGCUCCAACCACCACAGCUGCAGUCUGGAUCAGCACUCAGUACCCCUAGUGGGGCCAGCCUUUCCAUUCGUCUCAACUUCUUUGACAAACUCAUCUCCGCAGCCCAUAUUUGGGAACUCUAAUUCUCCUUUUACUGCAAUCCCUGGGAAUAAUAACCAGAUGGAUAUGGAAGACAGCAUGACUGAGGACAGUGUUCAUGCAUCUUCCCCUGCAGUUGCAUUUAGUCAACCUUCUGUCUUGCCCUCACCUGGUGGUUUCGGUUUUGGUUCAACACCUUAUCAAUUCCAGUUUGGUAGCCAGCAGAAUACUGUUGCUCAGAAUCCAUCUCCAUUUGCAGCAUCAGGCAGUUUCGGUGGUGGAGGUAGUUUCUCAUUGGGUAGCAAUGAUCCUGAAAAAUCAGGUCGAAAGAUCGUCAAAGUUAAUAGAAAUAAGAACAGAAGGAAGUGAAACAGUUGGCAACAACAUUGGAUAGAUCCCCAUAUGGUAGAUAUUGGCUGGCAAGAGGACUUUUCGACAAUAAAUCAGCAGGCACGGUUUAUGGGUUUCUGCAACUUUCCCCUUUUCUUUUAAUUUUCGUCAUUGUAGGUCUGCAUCUCCGGAAAUGAAAGAUGUUGUGAUCCUAUUAGCUUCUUGUUUUUGGUGCAAAUCUAUGGCCUAAAAUGUCACAAUUUUGUUCUUGGUAAAGUGGUUGUAUUGUAUCAGUAACCUAACCUGGUUAGUCUUUGUCUCCUUUUUCUUUCUAUAAUUCAUUUUCUCUACUUGUAACAUAAUAAGGAAAUGUAUGUAUGUUUCUAUAGGGAAAUUUCGUUCUGUUGAGGAAUUGUUUUCGAGAUGAAAAACAUAAUCCUGAAUCAACGUUGCAGAGUUUUUUUGUCU